AUGAAUGUUGGAGGUGCGGCUGAGCGGACCGACGAAAUUCAUCCGGAAGAGUGUGGUUUAUGGAACCCCGAGCCAAGAGGUCGAGAUUCGAGAAGUCCUCGCUUAAGGUACGUACUACUGGGCCCCGGCGGUGCUACGCUGUGCUGGACGAGACUCAGUACGAGCAGAUCGAUGAGCGGACAGUACGUGUCUCGGGGGCCAAGUUUGCCCCCGAACCAGAAGGAGGGUACACCGUCAAGCUCGAGGGCGCGCGGAACCGCGGCUUCCACACAAUCUUCAUCGGAGCCAGGCGCGACCCGAUACUCAUCUCCCAACUCGACCCCUGGAUUGGGUGGAUUAAGGGUGAAGUUUCCCGACUUUCCCUGGGAUCUAAAGAUUCACACCUAUGGGGUCAACGGUGUGAUGGGUCAUCUCGAGCCGGACGACCGCCUACCCAAGGAAGUGGGCAUCGCAGGACAGGUCCGGGCGGAGACGCAAGACCAGGCCAACCAGGUCGCCAGCAUGGUCAAGUUCUCCUUUACCCAUGCUGCGUAUCCCGGCCAGGUCGCCACGGGGGGGCAACUUUGCCUGGCCGUUCACCCCGUCUGA